GAUCUUCCAUAAUCGUAGCGACAUAUAGCAUACUCUAACAUUUUGUCGAUCACAACUCCCUCCUUCCAGCAAUAUCGUGAGAAUUUAUGAAUUCGGGAACAUGCAACAAAAUAUAAAGUAGGACGUUCUUGAUGAGCAUUUGUGCAGUGUCGGGGCUUGUCUUUUCCCUUUGAGGAUUUUUUCGGCCGCUGUUUUUCGACGAGCAGACGCGGUGUACAUAUAUACGACAGCUGUCAUAAUUUUCGCUGCUUCCCCGACGGGUCCCUUGCCCCAGAAACUCCCCACAAAAAAGGGCUCGGUCUCUCGCUUGGAACUUCCCUGAGACACAGCAAACUUCAACCCACUCCAAAAACCGUUUCCGCUCUCAAUUUCUUCUGUCAAUCAUCCAAACAUGGCCUCAACCGCCUUUGCAGAUGCGAACCCUUCCUGCUGGCGCUGUCCCCAGUGCACGGCUGUCAAUGCGACGGGCGCCAUCAUUUGCAAGCUGUGCCUUUUGGCGCCGCCUCCGGCCGGUCAGUGGGCUUGCACUGAGUGCUCGCUUCUGAACAAGAACGAAGACCUCGCGUGCGUUAUUUGCUACGUGACCAAACCGACGGCUCGCUUCAGGAGCGUCAUCUGGGAAUGGACGCCCGACAAUGAAAGGUGGAUCCCCUACGACGAGCCCACCAGCACGGCCAUCGAAAGAGCCUACAGCACCAACGCCAAGACCAUCGACCUCAACACCGGGACGUACUUCUCGCAGUUCCGCGGCACGUACAAAUUCUACCUCAACAGACCCACAAAGACGUACUACCAGAAGAACGUCCUGACGCAUUUCCGCCGGCCCGCGCGCCGCCGCUCCAACGAGCACGUCUUUGUCACCAUCGACCCGGCGACGCUGGAGGCGAACGACCGCUGCGUCAUGUGCCAGGAAGACUUCUCGGAUGUGGAUGACGCGACUGUGACUGAGGCGGAGCGUACGGUGGUGAGGUUGAAGGUGUGCCAUGGCCACUUUUUCCACAAGGAGUGUAUCUCGCAGUUUGUGAUGAUCAGGGAGAGGUGCCCCGUUUGCUUUGCGAGGGUGGAUGUGUUGUAGGAUGCGGUACCCCCCAUUCGACGAGCGGGGGGUGGCACGGGGGUGCCUCUCAUCCAAAACAGAAUUAUGUAGGUUUUCGGUAUCAAUUUUUACUCGCCUAUUGAGCGAAAAAAAAAAGGAGGGGAUGGAAAAUGAGAGAGCUGGGAAACAACGAGGUCGGAAAACGGAAUUCUUUUUGGAUGGAUCGAAGCGGCGUGUACGGAACCAACCUCCCUAUUCGCAUCUCCAAAAUAACAGAGGCUGGCGUAGGGGUAACAAAAUUAUAUUUGCGGUAUCAAUUACAAUAUCGUCUUCAAAGGAUAUCAUCGAACUGUCUCGGUGAUGGAGCCUUUGAUGUCGCUGCCCGACAUGUUACGUACGGUGAUUGCCGGACACAUAAAUUCGGCUAGGAUCAUGAGUUGCUGAACUGCCUGAUGGCGACA